AGCAUCCCAACUGCUUACCCCCUCCUUUUCCUCCUUCCCAGCCUCACCUGGGGAGUGGGGGACUGGAGGCAGGAGGCAGCACGGUGGCCUGCCAGCUUUUGUCCUUUCCAGAAACUGAAAGGGGGGAGUUGUGAUGGGAGGGCUUCUCCCUUCAGGUCUUCAGGCUUGGCUGUCCACUGUUUUGGCCUGUCCCCACAGCUCUUCCUGCAGACUCUUUUUUCCUGAGGAUCCUAUUAAGAUUGUCCGGGGCCAAGGGCAGUACAUGUAUGAUGAACAGGGGGAGGAAUACAUCGAUUGCAUCAACAAUGUGGCUCACGUUGGACACUGCCACCCUCUCGUGGUCCAAGCAGCACAUGAACAGAACCAGGUGCUCAACACCAACAGCCGAUACCUGCAUGACAACAUCGUGGAUUUCGCACAAAGGCUGUCUGAGACCCUGCCAGAGACUCUCUGUGUGUUCUAUUUCCUGAAUUCUGGGUCGGAGGCCAACGACCUGGCCCUGAGGCUGGCCCGCCAGUACACGGGACACUGGGACGUGGUGGUGUUGGAGCACGCUUACCACGGCCACCUGAGCUCCCUGAUUGACAUCAGUCCGUACAAGUUCCGGGACCUGGAUGGCCAGAAGGAGUGGGUCCACGUGGCACCUCUCCCAGACACCUACCGGGGCCUCUACCGGGAGGACCAUCCCAAUCCAGCUGAGGCCUAUGCUGGAGAGGUGAAGCGUGUGGUCAGCAGUGCACAGGCACAGGGCAGGCAGAUCGCUGCCUUCUUCGCUGAGUCCCUGCCCAGUGUCGGGGGGCAGAUCAUUCCCCCUGCUGGCUACUUCCCGGAAGUGGCAAAGCACAUCCACAAGGCCGGAGGGGUCUUUGUUGCAGACGAGAUUCAAGUGGGCUUUGGCCGAGUAGGCAAGCACUUCUGGGCCUUCCAGCUGCAGGGGGAAGACUUCAUCCCCGACAUUGUCACCAUGGGCAAAUCCAUUGGCAAUGGCCACCCUGUAGCCUGUGUGGCCACGACCCAGGCUGUGGCGAGGGCGUUUGAAGCCACCGGUGUUGAGUACUUCAAUACGUUUGGGGGCAACCCAGUAUCCUGUGCAGUGGGGCUGGCCGUCCUGAAUGUCUUGGAGAAGGAGCAGCUGCAGGCUCAUGCUGCCCAUGUGGGCAGCUUCCUGAUGGAGCUUCUCAGGCAGCAAAAAGCCAAGCAUCCCAUCAUCGGGGACAUCAGGGGCGUCGGGCUCUUCAUUGGUGUGGAUUUGAUCAAAGAUGAGGCCACAAGGACACCAGCCACCAAAGAGGCUGACUACUUGGUGUCCAGGCUGAAGGAGAAUCACAUUCUGCUGAGCACUGACGGCCCCGGGAGGAACGUCCUGAAGUUUAAGCCCCCGAUGUGCUUCAGCCUGGACAAUGUACAACGUGUGGUGGCAAAGCUGGAUGCCAUCCUAACAGACAUGGAAGAAAAGUUGAGAAGUUGUGAGACACUGAGGUCCCAGCCCUGUGGCAGUCCUACCAAGCCAUGUCCUUCCCUAGGAAAAAAUGAAGCAUCCCACUCAAAUGUACAGUGGUGCCCAUGAUCUCCAAUGUACAGAAGAAAGCCACUGAGGCUCAGGGUGGGGCUUGCCUGAGGCCACACUGCUACCUCCACCCCUCCCCUCAACCCCUGGUCUGCUGUUGGGAUGGGCCAAAAGCUUAUGUCCCCUUGGGGUCCAGAGUCGGUUUCUUCUUUGCUCAAACACCUGCCCACCAUAGAUGGAGGCAGGGUCAGGGACCUUCCGGUGCUCCCAAUGAAAUCAGAAGUGUGUUUUUUAAACCAAGUACCCCGGUACAUACUCCACUCCCAACUAAGACCAGUAUAAAAACCUUUUACAUAAGACGUCCCCAUGCGAGCACACUCCUAUAAAGAACUGGCAAAUUACCUCCACCAGUGAUGCAACUUGAUGUGUUCUACCCUACUGGACCAAUGUACAAAUACACUAUUUUAAGACCCACUGCCAGCAGUUUGCCUAGUGCUGCCCUACACGCUCCUCCUGCCCAUCUCUCAUUGUGGCACAGAGAAAAAGGUCUCUUGUGUCACCACCCACUGGGCUAACAACUGAUGGGCAACAUCUUUAUCCAACUGCCCCUAGGAUCCAAUCUCAUUUUAACAGCCCACUCCAAUCUUCCUAAAUUCCCAACCAGGACACUGAAGUUUCCAGGAGCCCCACCCUAUCUGUCCACAGUAAGCCACAGCCCUACCUCCCAAAAACCACCUAGAGAAUACCUGAAGCAACACCCCACCCUCCAGACCAAAGUUCAGGGGUAACAGUUGCACUUCUCACUUCUGCUUAUUUGAGGGCAAAACUGGCCCUGGACAUCAGUGGGUCAGGACCCUGGGAGCUCUUUGGGAAGGAUCUUGCUGGGAUGGGCUGACUAAACCAGCGUACAAAGGGAAUGGAGAUGAACAAAGACUUGGUUGUGUGACAGCAACAAGAAAAGAGAAAAGCUCUGCUACAGCUUCUAUAGCAGGAAAGAGCUCACCACCAAGGGGAAAAAUCAGUGAAUGGCAGAAAUUCUAGUCUUCUGAGAACUGCAGACCUUAGACUCUAGAGCCAGAAAUAUCUUGCUUUAUAUCAAGAAUCAGCUUUAUAGAUCUCUAGCUUUAUAUCAAGAAUCAAAGAGAUUUCUCGGCACCCUUGCUCCAUCACAAAGAAGCCACCUUUCCUAGCCUGCCUUCCUCACAUCCUCUGUUUUUACUGCCAGUCCUGCCAGACUAGGAGCUCCUUGAAGGACAGGACCAUCUGUCCCACAAUCAGGGCAGCAGAUGCUGCAGAGAAACAAUGAGGUCUCACUACCCUGAAGAGCUCUUGGAGGCAGCGCAACCCCUAAGCCACACCUGCAAGGCCCAGCCCUCCCUCAGCAAGAGGGUGGACACACAGAACUGGGGACACCUUACCUUACUUGCACCAAUGGUGUGGAACUUUUUCUCAAGAGCCUUCCUCACAGGUUCCUCCUCUUCUUUAAAAGUGAUGAAAACAAAGCCCCGUCUUUUGUGUGACUUUGGAUCCAUUGGAAGAUCAAUGGCCUCGAUCUGCAAACACAGGCAAAGCUCAGGACCAGUAUCUCCCCAACCCCAGGGCCCACAGGGUAAAGUUCCCUAACGGCCAGAGAAUGAUAAAGAAGGCUUGCUGAGGAGUGCUCCAAUCAGCCAAGGCUGUCAAGGACCAGGAAGACCGCUGCCUCAGGGCAGGUGGCAGGCCACACUCACCUCCCCAAACUCGCCGAAGUACUCUCUGAUUUCCUCUUCUGUGGCUUCUGGAUUCAGACCCCCCACAAAAAUUUUCUUUACAGGUUCCUUCUUCAUGGCCAUGGCCUUUUUGGGGUCAAUGACACGACCAUCCAGCCUGUGCUCCUUCUGAUCUAGGACCUGGUUCCAAAGGAAGGAAACUGGAUUCUAACUCAGCACCAUGACCCUAUUAAAGGUCCUUCUCUUGGAGCUACAAAACCCCCAAACAGGUACACAAAAUGUUUCAUCCCCUCCAAACCCUACCACCAACCUGACUUUCCAACCCAGCCUGCAAACAUUAACAUGUAAAUCAGUCCUCACCACCCGCCACACUUCUCCAAUGUUAUACACCCCUCCUCUUCCUACCUAGGAAGGCCUAGCUUCAGAAGUACAGUGGAGGAGACUAAGCAUAGGGGCUAGAACCCUUACUCCACCACCUCACUAGCUGUGUGAGUUCUUCUACUUAAACUUCGGAACCUUAAGUUUGUUUUCUGAAAAAUGGAGAUAAAAUAAUGCCUGUCUCAUGGCAACUUUGGACUUUUCUCCAGUCCUCACAAUAAAGUGUUUGCAGUGUCCAGAACAGGCACAAGAAAGGCAAAAAAAUGUCCACUCUCAUCUCCCUGGACCACUCCAGCACAUACUCACUAACCCACUUAAUCUGUAUUUUUAAUUUUUCAAAAACACAAAGCUGCUUUUCUCUUCUUUUUCCAAAACGCUCAACCACGUGCAGAACACACGAACUAAUCACGCUCUAAGAAUGGUGUCCUCCUUAGAAUACACUGCUGCUAUGAGGUACCCAGCUUACCUUCUCCACACUGGCUGCAUCUUUGAAGAGAAUAAACCCAAACCCUCUUGA